AUGAGCUUUAACAACAGAGAUAAUGAUCAGGGAAUAGAGCCCAAGCGUUUGUUAUGGCAAAACACGUCGUCUUACCAAGCCAGCAGCAAUAUUUUACUCGUCACCAUCGUUGCUUUCACUAUUAUCAUCAUCAUCGUCUUUGCUUACCAUCUAUACGCAAGAUUCGUUCUCGGCCGCCAUCGACCCACCUUCCAAGGCCAAUCUUUCACCGUCAUUACUCAACCGCCCAAACGUGGCCUCGACAAAGUUGCAAUUGCUUCUCUCCCUACAUUCAUUGUUGGAGUCAACGGUGAUGAUGGCUCGGCUACGGAGUGUGCAGUGUGUCUAACCUUGUUGGAGGAGAAAGAUAUGGCGAGGAUGCUACCAAACUGCAAGCACGUGUUUCACGUGACAUGCGUUGACACAUGGCUCACCACGAGCUCUAGUUGUCCCAUUUGUAGAAGUGAAGUCGAGCCGAGUCAAAGGCUUGAGCCUGAGCCAAGAGAAGGGCCAGUUGGGGACGGUGCAUCUUCGUCGGAUUACAAGAGUGGCGUGUCAUCGGUUUCGCGGUUAGAUUCUUUUCGGAGGAUUCUGACAAGAGAAAGAUCUUCGGACAGGAACGAACAUUCUCGCGUUGACCAAGAUCGUGUAAUAGAUCUUGAAAGACAAUGAAUAAUCUGUAUUCUUGUUCACGUUACUAUAGUACUCUUGCUCCUUUAUGAUUUCUAUCUACUUGAUAAAAUCUUUGUAUGUUACUGUACAAAAUACACAUUAUUACAAAAGUCGUCGUUGUUGAUUAACGUGAAAAGAAGAAAAUAAAAAGUGUUGGGCUUGUUGCUUCAAAAAAAAAG